AAUUGUUACUCAGGGACACAGAAUUUGUUACUGAGGGCCACAGAACGUUACUUAGGGCCACAGAAUUGUUACUCAGGGGACACAGAAUUGUUACUGAGGGCCACAGAAACGUUACUUAGGGACACAGAAUUGUUACUCACAGACACAGAAUUGUUACUCAGGGACACAGAAUUGUUACUGAGGGACACAGAAUUGUUACUGAGGGCCACCAGAAUUGUUACUCAGGGACACAGAAUUGUUACUGAGGGCCACAGAAUUGUUACUUAGGGCCACAGACAACGUUGUUACUCAGGGACACAGAAUUGUUACUCAGGGACACAGAAUUGUUACUGCUGGGCCACAGAAUAUGUUACUUAGGGACACAAAAUUGUACUUUACUCAAGGAGUACACGAUCACAUAGUUUACACCAGGGACAAAC